AUGACAGUGACACCAUCAGCCGCUGCGCAGGCCCAGUUGUCGUUCGUGCCGCGAGAGGAGUUGGCCCCACCGCCUGGGUUUGCUAUCCUCACCCCAGCCCCUGACUUUGAGUGCCCGAAGAGCUCACUGCUGGACCAGCCACCAGUUCCAGUACCAAUUCCUGCCGUCGCCGUUUCAGUACCAGUUCCUGCCGUCUCUGUUCCUGCCCGUGGUGUUGCUGCUCCCGCUGCAGGUCCUUCUGGACAGGAAGUUGUGAUCAAGAAGUUUGCAAGGUUGGGCAAGAGAGUGCUCGAGGUUAAUGAGCAUUCCUUGCUUGGUAUCACUCACGAAGAGGCUGUGAACAUCAUGAGAUCUGCGGGAUCAACUAUCCGAUUGGUUGUUUGUGAUGGAUAUGACUAUGCUUUGGUCCAGCAGAUGAAGGCAGAGGGACGGUUAGGUCACGAGUCGCGCAGUACCAGUCAGAGUGUCUCGUCAUUAGACAAGGAGGAUCGGGAGAAUCCCUCACAACCCCAGAGUGCAUCUGUCCUGCAUGAGGAAGGACCAACCCAGUCUCCUCCAUCUCCUAAACUAUCCCCGCCUUCACCUUCCCCCAAACCAAAAGAACAAUCACCACCUAUACCUGAGCAAACACCACCUAUACCUGAGCAAACACCUUGCGAAAGGAUCCCCACUCCUGAUGCUGAAGAGCAAUUAAGUAGUGGCCUCAGGAGUGACACUCCCGACACUGAUGAUGAUGUUGGGCGUGACACCCCUCUUCCAUCAAACCUUUCUUCUGCCUCUGUCACAUCCAGUGCGCCAAAGGAGAAAUCCACUCCAGAAAUUGUCAUGGAGGUAGUCAGAGCAGCUGAACAACUAACGUCAAGACCACUGUCUCAAAACUCAGCUGCCAGUAGUAUUGUUCCCUCAGCUUUGGAAAGAAAAGCCUCGGCAGAAAACAAAACGACCACAGUUGUUUUAGCCAAACACACUUUAGCUCCACAGACUAGUACAAUCCCAGCAGGAUCAGAUAGUAUAAAGGUUUUAGUAGAUUCUAAAAAGAGUACCAAAAGCCAUAUCAAAUUCCUUAGUGAAAAAUCUCUGAUAUGA